CUACCGCUCUGGCCCACGUCUCUUUGGCUGGCGGCCGCCGGGGUGGGGAGUUGUCAUAGCGCCGCCGCCGCGCGGUGCGGAGGGGGAGGUUCGGUGCAGGCGCCAGCGCCCUUCCCCUCCCCUCCCCCCCCCCGCCUCGCCGGAGGGGACGGCCCGGGCCGGGUGAUACCAGAGACACCCCCGCCCGGGAGCGAGGGGCAGAGCAGGAUUGGGGGAGAGGAGAAUAGUUGUAAAGUGAAGUUCCCAGCCAUCCUGCUGACUCCAGGGCUUUCUCUUCUCUCCGUGCUGUUCUUUACUAUGUGGGCAACCUGUUGUAACUGGUUUUGUCUGGAUGGACAACCUGAGGAGAUGCAGCAGCGGCCGCAGCAGGGUGCCAGACCCCAGGCGUAUUCCAACCCAGGUUACAGCUCCUACCCUUCUCCUACAGGUUCUGAACAGAACUGCAAGGCAUGUGGGAUGCACUUUGAAAAUUCCUCCAGGAAGCACAUCUGCUUUGACUGUAAAAAGAAUUUUUGCACUUCCUGUUCAAGCCAGCCUGAAAGCAGUCCCCUUCUCUGCCAUCUCUGUCAGCGGUUCCAAGCCACAGCGUUUCAGCGGGAGGAGUUGAUAAAGAUGAAGGUGAAGGAUCUACGAGACUAUCUGGCACUCCACGAGGUUUCCACAGAGUUGUGCCGUGAAAAGGAAGACUUGGUGUUUCUGAUUCUUGGGCAACAGCCUGUAGUCACCCAGGAGGAUAGAAUACGAAUCCCGCCGUUAAAUUCUGGCACAUCUGGACAGCAAAGCUUUGUGAUUCUGCCAGAGACCAGCACAGUAUCUUCUACCUCACAUGAUGCCUCUCCAGUGUCUGCAGACUCCAUCUUGAGUCCAAUAACUCAGGAACCUCAACAGGCAAAUGGGCAUGUGCCUCCAAGCCAAGACGAUAUGACAGAAAUUGAGAAUGCAGCAGAAGCACCAACAGAGGAGGAGACACAGUCUGUUGACUCGGAGGAUAACCUGGUACAGGGACGGAGGGCCUCUCUUUCUGACCUAACGAGUGUCGGAGACAUUGAUGCACUCUCUGUGCGACAACUGAAGGAAAUCCUGGCUCGCAACUUUGUCAACUAUAAAGGCUGCUGUGAGAAGUGGGAGCUGAUGGAGAGAGUGACCCGUCUUUAUAAAGAGAAGGACCUUCAGCAUCUGGUUUCCGACACGGAUGAUCAAAAUGUUUCCUCAGGCAGUGCAGGGCUCCCUAGCACUGAAGAGAAUCUCUGCAAAAUCUGCAUGGACUCACCCGUCGACUGUGUCCUAUUAGAAUGUGGCCACAUGGUCACCUGCACCAAGUGUGGAAAGCGUAUGAGUGAGUGUCCCAUAUGCAGGCAGUAUGUGAUAAGAGCUGUCCAUGUGUUUAAGUCCUGAGUGAGCAUGAGGAAGACCAGUGUUGCCUUAAAGCCUCAUCCGCUGUUAGAGAUGGUCAAAAACCUCUACAGGUAGGUCAGAGACUGGCACGCAGGACCUCACAAGAAACCUGAAGUUCACAGGCGAGAUGAGCAAAGGAGAAAGCUUGGGGAAUUGUUCUGAUUGAAGCCAUUGACUGGCUGUGCCCUUCACACCACAGUGCUUUACCCUGCAGUACCUAGACUCCAGGAGCCCACUGUCAGCAGCAGAGACGGAAAUAAUUAACAGCUUGCAUUCUGGGCUAGCUUGAUCAACUGAUGAGGGGGGACAAAUAAUCACUUGGCUUUCCAAAACUGACCCCAGCUUCUGAGGCUUAUUUCCUCCACAGUAAUAAAUAAGGUGGACUGAGGUUUUGGCACGACAUUUGCUUUUGUUUUGCUGCUACUGAAUUCUCCCAUUCCGGUUUCCUCUUUAAUUUGCUCUGUUCCAGGUCACACAUCCACUGGUAUUUUUAUUUUCAGGGAACAAAAUCUUAUUGGGCUGGUUCCCCCUCCCUAGGCUUUGCUUUUUUU